AUGACUCGCGCACAGCAGACGGUCUCCGUCCUUCUCCUGGUUUCCUCCUUCUACCUCUCACUUUACCUUGGCCUGGUCCCCCUGAACGAGACCAUCCAGACGGAGAUCAUCCCCGUGCUUCCCUUUUACGCAGUCAUUGUCUUCGGCUGCUACCUGCUCGGUCGCCUCGGCCUUGCGAUCUUCACAUUCAAUGACGUUCCCGAAGCUCACGCCGAGCUGCAAAAGGAGAUUGAGCUGGCCAAGGUGGAAUUGCGCAAGGGCAAUGUUGAGGUGGACUAG